AUGGGGCAGACCCACAGCCAGGCCAAGCCCAAACCGGACAGGCACGCGUCUCCACAGCCGCGCGGCGACGACCAGCACCCGAACCAGCCACAAGCCGCCACCGGGAGGCGCCCGCCGGCCGCGCCCGCCAUGGACACCUUCUUCCUGUCGCACGGCUCGCCCACGCUCUCCAUCGACGAGGCGAUCCCGGCGCGGAGCUUCUUCCAGUCGUGGCUGCCGGCGGCCGUCGCGGGCCCGGAGCGGCCGCGCGCCAUCUUGAUUGUGUCCGCCCACUGGGAGACGGCCACGCCGGCCGUCAACGCCGUCCGCGGCGCCAACGACACCAUCCACGACUUCUACGGCUUCCCCAAGUCCAUGUACCAGCUCAAGUACCCUGCGCCGGGCGCCCCUGAUCUGGCCAGGAGGACCAAGGAGCUCCUGGAGCAAGGCGGGUUCGGGCCGGUGAAGGAGGACCGGAGCCGCGGGCUGGACCACGGCGCGUGGGUGCCGCUGAUGCUCAUGUUCCCGGACGCCGACAUCCCGGUGUGCCAGCUCUCCGUGCAGACCGACCGCGACGCCGCCUACCACUACAACCUCGGCAGGGCGCUGGCGCCGCUCCGGGAGGAGGGGGUCCUCGUCCUCGGCUCCGGCAGCGCCACCCACAACCUCCGCAAGAUGGGGCCUUCCGGCUCGCCGCCGCCGCAGUGGGCCUCCGACUUCGACACCUGGCUCAAGGACUCGCUUCUCGGCGGCAGGUACGACGACGUGAACCGGUACGAGGAGAAGGCGCCCAACGCCAAGAUGGCUCACCCGCGGCCGGAGCACCUCUACCCGCUGCACGUCGCGCUCGGCGCCGCCGGUGACGAGUCCAAGGCGGAGCUGAUCCACAGUAGCUGGACAAACGCCUCCCUCUCGUACGCCUCGUAUCGCUUCACCACCAAGAACUGA